AUGACGACCGACAACUCUCUGGCAAGCACCUCGCAAACCGGCAGCAGAGUCCACGAAAUAUCUCGCCGCAUAUUAGAUAUAAUUUUUGAGUAUGCGCUCAAUAAAUUUGACGACUCAAAGGAAAGAUUGGAGAGGGGUGCGGAUAACUUCCUGUCACUCAUUGCCAAGUUCGUCGCAACGGAAAAGCGUGUACAAACAUGCCUGCCCGCCUUUCCCUUCAAAUCUGCAAAUAAGAUCUACAAGGUCCUCGGAAGCCUGCCAGAUAAGGCUGAGGAGCUAGCACUCGGCCGGUUGAAUACCAUGUGCGCACGUAUACAAGAAGUCUACUCGCCAGGAGCCCAAGUCACCAUCAUAUCAGAUGGUAUUACGUACAAUGAUACUUGGGCUUAUGGAGAGUCACUACGAGAGAUGGCUGCCGAGAAACAGUUUGACUAUAUUAGUUUUGCUCGAAUGAAGGAUCUUCUUGAUUUCCCUUCACCUGAAAAGAUGACCGAGAUCAUCUACGUCGCUAACUGUACUGCUUUCCGCCGACUACUCCUGAAUCAGUACGGCAGAGACGAUCUGGAUAUAGACCACGAAAUUGCAACAAAUGCGGAUACAAAGUUAACAUAUCUCGGAUACAAGAGAUUUUUGGAAUCUGAUUUGAAGCAUAUAUUCCCUUGUGGCACUAAUCGAACUGCAAACAAAUAUAAACGAGAUUGUAAAUAUCUUGCUAAGCAGAUGUUGAUUCGAGGAGAUGCUUUCGGACGCGCAAUCAUGAAUGCUUUCCCCAAUUACUUGCGACUUUCUAUUCAUGAGUCAACAGGGUUGAACAAGCUUUCUAUCUGCUUACUCAACACCAAGACUGGUUACACGACUCCAUGGCAUUGUAGUGUCGCUCAAUUAGCCGAUGGAGAGUGGAUUAGCGCACCCAUGGCUGAAUUUAGCAAAGAUGCUAGAUUUGAGCUCAUGUACGAAGACGGCCAGCCCAGCCACUUCAAACAGAAGCCUUGUGGACAAGAUGCACUCGGCAUCGGAGAGAUGGCAUCAGGCUACCUCCAAGAAGCCACACCACGCAGCGCUAGUGAAUAUUUCAGCGAAGCAUCUACACCCUCUCUGGCUUCACCCAAUCCGAUCUCACAGAGCAACUCUCCUGUGUUCUCGCCGCGCAAGACUAUGGCAGCUAGUGGAAGCAUUACAGCAGAGUCCUCUUCGCCCCCUAGCCCUGCAUCGAGUGGCGUGGAAGAAUCGAUCAUUAUCACGUUAUCGAAAGAUAUCCAUAGCUCUGCCCAAAUCCCGUAUGGCAAAAGACUCCUUCCUCAGAUUAUAGAUAGGCUAGCAGCUGUUGAGCCAGAGCGUGUUGUGUUUUCGCUAGCAUCACUCUCGGGUGAUUCGCUGAAAUUUGACGGAAUUUCUGCCCGGGUGUUCAGCAAGGCUAUUGACAAAACUGCCUGGUUGCUUAGUAGUCUGGUUGGAAAGCCUGACUCUAUCCAACCUGUCGGCUACAUCGGUCCACAUGAUUUACGAUACGUGCUGUUAACCUAUGCAUGUGUUAAAGUUGGAUAUGCGGUAAGU